CCCAACCUUUUUAUUAAAAAAAAAUUAAAACAAUUAGUGCUUUUUGCGUGCUAAUUUAAUGCAAAUUAUAAAAUUUGUUUUAUAAAAAUUAAAUCAAAUUAAAUCCCGCAAAGGCAGCCACCUCUUUUUUGGAAUAUUAUUCAUUUUUAUAACACGCUACGCUGCUUAUUUCUCUAUACAACCUAACCCAGCAAACAAUUUUGCUGUUUGUUAGCGUGUCUAAAGUUAAACGUGCUUUUUAAUUUAUUCGUUUUUUUGUUUACCUUUGUGUAAACGGCUUCACAGUGGCUCUUCACUCAACAGAAGCCUUAAUGGCUGCCGGUUUUCUUAAAUCGGGGGAUUUGGGACCUCAUCCACACAGUUAUGGUGGUCCUCAUCCCCAUCAUGGACCACAUGGACCUUUGCCGCCUGGUAUGCCGAUGCCGUCAUUGGGACCCUUUGGUUUACCCCAUGGCCUAGAGGCCGUCGGGUUCUCCCAAGGUAUGUGGGGUGUUAAUACCCGCAAACAGAGACGUGAACGCACCACAUUUACCCGAGCCCAGCUGGAUGUUUUGGAGGCCUUGUUUGGCAAAACACGUUAUCCCGAUAUAUUUAUGCGCGAAGAAGUGGCUUUAAAGAUAAAUCUACCAGAAUCUAGAGUACAGGUCUGGUUUAAAAAUCGUCGCGCCAAAUGCCGUCAACAGUUGCAACAGCAACAGCAGUCAAAUAGUUUAAGCAACUCGAAAUCGGUUAAUUCGGGUUCGGGUUCCGCCUCGUGUUCAUCCUCCUCCUCACGCAAUACAUCGAAUAACGGCAGCAGCAAUUCCAAUUCAACGAAUUCUUCCAAAUCCAACAGUCAUCAUUCCUCGUCCGCCAAUAACAAUAACAACAACAAUAACAGCAACAAAUCAAAUAACAAUUCAUCGAAUAAUAAUUCCUCCUCACAGGGCUCUUCGGCCGCAGCGGCUGCAGCAGCCGUGGCACAAUCCAUUAAAUCACAUCACAGUUCCUUCCACAAUUCCUCCUCGUCCGCCUCCGCCGUUACACCCAGCAGCUCUUCAGCCGUUUCACAUUUACAUCACAUGGCCGGCAGUAGUGUGGGCUCGGGGUCGGCUGGUGGUCUUAAUACCUCGGGCGGUAAUAAUCAUCAGAAUUCUUCACCUUUACUGCCCACACCUGCCACCUCGGUUAGUCCGGUUAGUAUUGUAUGCAAGAAAGAGCAUCUGGGUGGUUCCGGCUAUCCGGGCUCAAAUGUUGAUGCUUUACGUGGCUCAUCUUAUGAUACUCUUAAGGAAUCGGGUGGCGAUAUCAGUUCUAGUUCUCAUCAUCAUAGUAUUUAUGGCACAGCAGCCUCGGCCAAUCCCCGACUUUUACAACCUGGUGGCAAUAUAACACCCAUGGAUUCUAACAGCAGUAUAACCACUCCCUCACCUCCCAUAACACCCAUGUCUCCACAAUCGGCAGCUGCAGCCCAUGCUGCCCAAACCGCCCAAUCGGCUCAUCAUUCUGCAGCCCAUUCGGCUGCCUAUAUGUCCAAUCAUGAUUCCUACAAUUUCUGGCAUAAUCAGUACCAACAAUAUCCCAAUAACUAUGCCCAAGCGCCGAGCUAUUACUCUCAAAUGGAAUAUUUCAGCAAUCAAAAUCAAGUCAACUAUAAUAUGGGUCAUUCGGGCUAUUCAGCUGCCACUAAUUUUGGUCUCUCGCCUAGUCCCUCAUUUACAGGCACCGUUUCGGCUCAGGCUUUCUCGCAAAAUAGUCUAGACUACAUGACGCCUCAGGAUAAAUAUGUCAAUAUGGUGUAGAAUCUGCUGAUACAAUAUUGCGGCAAUAAAUCGGAUGAUGAUUCAGCCAGUGGUUCAUAUAAUUCGACUAAAACGCCGUUUGAGUAUGCAUAAAUUAGAGUGAAUUGUUUUCUUCUUUAUAAAUAAAUAGUCUGAAAUUCACCAGAGAAACAUUUUUUAAAACAUAUCCUACGAAAUAUAACAGUGUUAAUGUAUAUUUUGUUUUUUUCUUCUUUUAGUUAAGAGAGUAACAAAAAAAUUUUAGCUUAAAAAAUAAAGAGAGCAAAAAAGUUUUAAAUAUCAAGAAAGGGGUUUUAAAAAUUGUGAAAAAUUAAAGUUAAUGAUAAAGCUCUUUAGAGGGAAAAUUACUUAGGGAGUAACAUAUUUAAGCAAAAAACGCAUUCCUUGGGUAAUACUUCAAAGGUCUCUCUUUCUUUAAAAAAAAGCUAAUUUUAAAAUAUUUUUUUAUAUUUUCAAAAGAUUUUUAAUUUUAAAACCCUUUUGUUUUCUUUUUUAAAUAAAAAGCUAUUUUUAAAGAAAAUUUCUUGAAAAAAGAAAAACUUGUAAAUAAACUAUUGUUUACUUUUUUUUUAUCAUUUAACAGCCAAGAUCAACGAAAAUCGAGUGAUAAAAACAAAAAAAAAAAAAAAAAAU